ACAAUAGAUGUGUUGAACGUAAGUAUUGACCAGUUUUUGGGUAUACCUUAUGCCGAACCACCCGUCGGGAGACUCCGGUUCGCCAAACCUGAACCCAUCAAAACACCCAAACCGGAUAUUAUUGACGCGACAAUACUUAAAAACGCUUGUAUGCAAAAUCCGUCGCCAUAUUUCCCAAAUAUAACUCUAAGUGAAGACUGUUUGGUAUUAAACAUAUGGACACCAAAUGCGGGCAAUAAUAACACAAACAAAUCACAGCUCAAACCCAUUAUGUUUCACAUACACGGCGGCGGUUUAGCGUCGGGUUCAAUAUUUGAACAAUAUCUAUCGACUAAUGUGUUGGCCACUCGUGAUGUGGUAUUUGUCUCAACAGCUUAUAGAUUAGGACAGUUGGGCUUUCUAUACGGGGAUCGGGAGGACGCGCCCGGAAAUGUCGGACUCUAUGACCAGUUAUUGGCUCUCAAAUGG